UGUCUCGGAGAUUUUUCGCUUUCCUGCUCCUUCAGUCUUCACUGACGCGUCCUCCAGUGCGCGCACUGAGCGCAGCGGCGCACUGGAGUUGGAGCGCUGCAGCAUCACUCGCAUCUCACGGUCGAGUCGGAGCGACGCCACCUCGACAUCAGCUGAGGCUGCUCGUAGAGGGCGGAGGAACAGAAAGCAUGAGUUCGUGCAGCACAGAUGUUAAGGAAAAUCGGAACUCGGACAACCUCCUCUCCAAAGCGGGUUUUGCAGCUGAGGCUGCUCAACUCCCCAAUGGGAGUGCCGUGGGAAGGAGAAAACGCCCCUUAGAGGAGGGCAAUAAUGGGCACAAACAGUCCAAGUACAGGCCCAAGAAGCGUAAGAAGGUCCCCGGGCCCAUUCUACCUAAGAACGCCCUCAUGCAGCUGAAUGAGGUCAAGCCAGGGCUGCAGUACAAGCUGCUCUCUCAGACGGGGCCAGUCCAUGCCCCUGUCUUUGUGAUGACUGUGGUGGUCAAUGGACAGCUCUUCGAAGGGUCGGGUCCGACCAAGAAAAAGGCUAAGCUGAACGCAGCAGAGAAAGCCCUGCGCUCCUUUGUCCAGUUCCCAAACGCAUCUGAAGCCCACAUGGUCAUGGGCCGAACUCUGUCUGUUCAAACGGACUUCACCUCGGACCAGGACGACUUUCCCGACAUGCUCUUUAAUGCAUUCGAGACACCCACCCCUCUGGAUUACCCCUUUUACCUCGCUCCCAACGGUAAUGAUUCCUUAAACUCACUGGAAAUAGAGUAUCAAUUUCUGCCCUCUCCUGUCCCAAACCUGAUCCAAGCUCCACUACUUCCUGCCGCCUCCGCCGUCAUCUCCCCUGCGAGCGGCAAGAACCCUGUGAUGAUCCUGAACGAGUUGAGACCGGGUCUCAAGUAUGACUGUGUGUCAGAGAGCGGGGAAAGCCACGCUAAGAACUUUGUCAUGUUAGUGACAGUAGACACUGAGAAUUUCCAGGGUUCAGGGCGAAACAAGAAGCUUGCCAAGGCCCGGGCCGCCCAAGCUGCUCUGUGUGCUCUGUUUAACAUGCAGCUGGAUCAGGCACCAUCCCGACGACCGAUACCCAGAAAGGGACUGCAGCUCCACGUGCCACAGGUCCUGGCAGACGCCGUCUCUCGUCUGGUCGUUGACAAGUUCAGUAAACUGACUGACAACUUCACGUCCCCGCAUGCUCGGAGGAAAGUCUUGGCAGGUGUCGUCAUGACAAUAGGUUCUGACGUGAAAGAGGCUCAGGUCAUCUGUGUGUCCACGGGAACCAAGUGUAUUAAUGGUGAAUACAUGAGUGACAGAGGCUUGGCCCUGAACGACUGCCAUGCUGAGAUUGUAGCUCGACGGUCGCUCGUCAGAUACCUGUACGGCCAGCUGGAGCAUUUCCUCAGUCACAACGAAGAGGAGCACCAGAAGUCCGUCUUCACCAGGUGCGACACCAGACGAGGCUUCAGACUGAAGGAGGAUGUCCAGUUCCACCUGUACAUCAGCACCUCGCCCUGUGGAGAUGCCCGCAUCUUUUCUCCUCAUGAAGCUGCGGCGGAGGAUCAGGGGGACAGACAUCCGAACAGAAGGGCCCGCGGCCAGCUCCGCACUAAAAUCGAGUCCGGCGAGGGAACCAUUCCAGUACGUUCCAGUGACACGGUUCAGACGUGGGACGGGGUCCUUCAGGGCGAGAGGCUGCUCACCAUGUCCUGCAGUGACAAGAUCGCCAGGUGGAACGUGGUUGGUUUCCAAGGUUCUCUGAUGAGCUACUUCACCGAGCCAAUCUACUUCUCCAGCAUCAUCCUGGGCAGCCUGUACCACGCCGACCACCUCUCCAGAGCCAUGUACCAGAGGAUUGCCGAGAUCGAGGACCUGCCACAGCCCUUCAGCUUAAACAGGCCGCUGCUUAGCGGAAUAAGUAACACUGAGGCUCGUCAGCCGGGAAAAGCACCAAACUUCAGUGUGAACUGGACGGUGGGAGAUCAGGCGCUGGAGGUGAUCAAUGCCACCACAGGGAAAGACGAUUUGGGUCGACCCUCCAGACUCUGUAAACAUGGCCUCUACAGCUGUUGGCUACGCCUUCACAGCAAGCUUCACUCCACUCUACGGAUCAGAACCGUGAGACCCGGCAGUUACUACGAGGCCAAGCAGGGAGCAGCGGAGUACCACUCUGCCAAGCAGACCCUGUUCAGAGCCUUCUACCAAGCCGGACUGGGUGCCUGGGUGAAGAAACCAGUAGAGCAGGACCAGUUUGCUCUCUCCCCCCGAGUUAGUGCCGGUGGAAAAAACUGCUGACUUUACCUUCUGACUCAAUUUAAGUCAGUUUCCGUGGUGGAAUAAUUUCCUUCUGGACUGUGAUGAAUGAAAAUAAAUGUUACCGGGAAGAAAAAGGCACCAAAUCCAAAAGUCAAAACUAUUAUUCUUACCUCUGAUAACUCCAAGCUACUCUUUCACAGUCAGCACGACUAAAAUGUAUUUCAAAAAGAUAAAUAAUCAGUAAUUUAUGCAACUUUUUACAAAGGACAAAUGUAGUAUAGUGAUGUAUUAAUUUGCAUGUAUAGUGCUUAUAGGGAGUAUACCUGCAGUGUCCAUUGUCACACAGGAAAUUUAUGUUCACAGCCUGUACAGAGAAACAUACAGUUAACCACAAUGUACAAACGCCAGUCUUUUCAUGCACAUACACACAUUUACAAAUAGAACUAAUACAUUCAUUACACACUACACUCCUCGACAAAUCUGGAUCUCUACGAGAUCAUUUGUUUGCGUUAAGUUGGACGUAAAAGUCUGUGGCUCUGUAUAUUUCAAUAGUAUAAUGGUAUCCAUUACACUUUACACCAUUCUGUAGUCUGUAUACAGUGAUCACAGAAAACCUGAAUUCCAGAAGUAGUGUUGGGGUUUGUGUCAACAUCUGUCAUUUUUACCGUAAUAAAAAAGAAAAUGCACCAAAGAUAAUGUCAACAAUUUUCAAACCUUUGGAAAUUUAUGUUGCUCUUUGGUUUUCUUGAAAUUUAAAUGUUGUGUUUAUACUGUGGUCUGCCUCUAAAAACCUUGUAUCUCAAA